AUGAAAAGUUGUAAAAAUAAUGCUAAUUUUUUUUGGUGUAAUUUAAAAAAUAAUUUAAGAUUAGAUGGACGUAAUUUUGAGGAUUCAAGAAAUAUUUCUUUUUAUUUUUUAGGUGAUUAUGGGAAUGUAGAAGUAUCAAUUGGAUUUACAAAAGUUAUAUGUAGAAUUACAAGUGAAAUAGUGAAACCAUUUGAUAAAAAACCAAAUGAAGGAAUAAUAAAAAUAAAUUUAGAUAUAGAUAGUUUUACUAGUGUAAAUGAUAAUUUAAAGAUAAAUGAUGAAUGUUUAGAAAUAAGAAAUUUAAUUGAAAGAAUUUUAAAAUCAAGUAGUAUAUUAAAUUUUGAAUCCUUAUGCAUUAUACCUCAUAAAAAAGUAUGGUGUUUAUUAAUUAACAUUAUUGUGAUAGAAAAUGAUGGAAACUUAUUUGAUGCAUGUUAUUUAUCAGCUUAUAGUGCUUUAGUUCAUUUUAGAAAUAAUGAGGUUAAAGUAGAAAAUUCUGAAAUCAUAAUUGAUCAAGAUGAAUCUAAUUAUUCUCCUUUAUCAAUUCAUAAUUCACCAAUUUUAACAACAUUUGCUUAUUUUAAUUCGGAAGAUAUUUGUCUAAUUGAUCCUUCACUACAUGAAGAGGAAUUUAUGUCAUCAAAAUUAUCUGUUGCACUUAAUAAAAAUGGACAAUUAAUUAGUAUAUUAAAACCAGGUGGUUCUCCUAUAUCUUAUUUAAAAAUAUUGGAAGCAAUUGAACUCGCUAAAAAAAGAGUUACAUGCAUUCUAAAAAUCUUAGAAGAUGCAUUAGAAGAAGAUAAAAAAUUAAGAGAUGAUUUAAAAAAAAAGAAUUUUCAUAUAAAGUAUUCAUGUAACCCUGUAUCUAUAAAAUAUAAUGAUAGUUAUGAAAAAUCUAUGAAUAUUCCUGUAAAUCAGUCUUUAAGAAAUAAUUGGAAUAUCGAAAAAAUUAUAAAAAAAUAUGAACAAUAUAUUAAAUUACAAGAUAUGGAACAAGAAGAAAAUUUAGUUAGUUCUAUUGAAGAAACCAAUAAUAAUGAAAAUACUAAAUAUAAUAAACAGUAUAUUUUAAAUGAAGAACUUCGAAAAAUAAAAAAUGAAAAUAAAAUAAAACAUGAGAAUUAUUUGUAUGUGGAUAAUUAUAACGAUUAUAUGAGUAACAUAAAAGAUAAUAAUUUUUUAGAAGAACCAUUUAAAAAUAAAAAUAUAUUAGAUAAUCUUGAUAUAGGAAAAAUAAAAAGACAAGAAUUUGGUGAUAAUAAUUCAUAUUUACAUAAUAAUAAAUUUUUGAAAACUAAUGAUAUACAAAAGAAAGAAAUAAUGAAUUUUUCAAAUACAAUAACAAAAAAUAUUAAAGAAAAAAAAAAUAUUAAUAAGGAAAAUAAAACGGAAUCAAUGACAACAAAUAAAGAAUAUUCUUCGGAUAUUGAUUUUUCAAUUGCUAUUAAUGAAAGUUUAAAAAAAAAAAAAAAAAAAAAAAAGAAAAAUUAA